AUGCUGGGACAGAUAGGUGGCGCUCUGCUGACAAAACCAGCUCAAAGACAAGAAAAAGGCGACAAGGACUUGUGCAUUGAGUCGGAGCACCUCUUGGAGGGCAGAUCAAGAGCUGUGACAUCGGGGGCAUGGAUUCGCCACCUGGUCUUGGCCAUUGUGAGCUUGACCUGGAUGGGAAUUUCCAGCGGCCUUAUUCUUCUCAACAAAUAUAUAAUGGUGACUGACGGAUUUAAAUUUCCCAUGGCAUUGACAGCAAUGGGAAUGGCAUUCAGUGGAUUGGCAGGUUUCUUGGCGUGCAGGGUGUUCAAGGCAGUGGCAGUGCAGUCUCCUGAUGCUGUCAGCUGGAAUUAUUACAUGAUGAGGAUCAUGCCAAUUGGAUUUUUCAUGGCGGCAAGCUUCCAUUUUGGGAACCUUGUGUACAUGCACCUGACAGUGGCCUUCAUCCAGAUGUUGAAGUCCUUGACGCCUGUCGUGACGAUGGCUAUGCUGUUCGCGGCCAGAUUGGAAACUCCCACAAAAUGGAUGAUUUACUCUGUGUUUGUGGUAGCCUUCGGAACAGCUCUGGCAUCCUAUGGCGAGGUGGGAAUGUCAUUCUUCGGCGUCACAGCGAUGUUAUUGUCCAUCUUAUUCGAAUCCUCGCGGCUGGUGCUGACGCAAUUUGUGCUGGUUGGCCUCAAGUUCCAUCCUAUCGAAGGCCUGAUGUACUUUGCGCCUGCAUGCGUCCUGUGGCUCGUUAUUGGUAUAUACUUCUUCGAGCUUCAGGCCAUGCUUGAGGCUGACGCCUUCGGAUUGAUAGUGCAGUCGCCGAUUGCCUACAUCUCAGCUUCUGCCCUUGGCUUUGCUGUCAAUUUGCUGGGGUAUUGGGUAAUUGUGUUGUCAUCGUCGUUGACACUGAAGCUCUUGGCCACGGUUAAGAGCGCAGCCCUUGUGCUGUUCUGUGCUCUUUUCUUGGGGGAGACGGUGACACCCAUCGAGGCCAUUGGCUACGCCUUGAGCAUCGUGGGCUUCUUGUGGUACACCAAAGUCAAGACAGAGAAUGAUGCCAACAGGCGCCAGAAAGAAAUGGAGAAAAGUGCCAAUGCAGGACUUAGUACAGAUCAAGCAGAUGAGAAGGCCAAAGGGUGA